CGUACGUCUUCCGUCUUCCGCCCUGCGUCCUUCGUCGUACGUCACGUGCUUUUCCUAGUACACGUCGAGGGCCUAGCUCUUGUCAGGUCUAAUUGACUAAUAUGAAAAGCCAGGUGCUUCCAGGUACUGUAUUUGAGAGAAUAGUGUACAAGAAUCCAUCCAAGUACCAUUACAUGAAGGUUCAACUAGAAUUUAGAGACAGUGGUGCCAGGCUGAAUGCUGCACAAUUCAAACAACUUAUUAUUUCGUCCCUAAAAGGAGUGUUUGGGGAGGUUGGUGCUGCCUUGCCCUUGGAUAUCCUAACAUAUGAAGCGAAGGCUUUAUUGGCCAUAUUGAGAGUCAGUAGUAGUGGUUUUGUCAGAUUGUGGAGUUCUCUCACUCUUCUGGGAUCAUACCAGGGCAGAAAAUGUGCUUUCAGAGUGAUACAGGUUUCUCCGUUUCUUCUUGCAUUAUCUGGUAAUAGUAGAGAACUGGUGUUGGCCUAAAUAGUCCCCUGAACUAAGAGGCUGCAGCUCCGGUCCAUUAACGCUUAGAGAUGAUCCUGAUGGUUUUUAGUCACAGAAUUCUGAGGGGAGUGUUUCAGCUAAAUGGCCUCACAGGUUGUCAAAGCCUGACCAAACAAAGGGCCAUCUGUUUUUUCCCCUUGAAGCAACAUUUUCAAAACUUGCAUGUGCAGGUUGGAGACCGGGCUGAACUCACCAAGACCUUUACCCAGAGAGAUGUUUUUACAUUUUCAGAAUUAACAGGGGAUGACAACCCAUUGCACUUGAGUGAAGAGUUUGCAAAACAGACGAAGUUUGGAAAGACCAUUGUGCAUGGAGUUUUGAUCAGUGGACUUAUUUCUGCUGUGCUGGGCACUAAAAUGCCUGGGCCGGGUUGUGUAUUUCUUUCACAGGAAAUUAGCUUCCCAGCCCCUUUAUAUGUUGGAGAAGAAGUCUUAGCUGCUGCAGAAGUGAAGAAACUGAAGCGAUCCAUUGCUUUCAUUUCAGUGUCUUGCUCUGUAGUUGAAAGUAGAAAGACCGUAAUGGAAGGCCUGGUUAAAGUUAUGGUCCCAGAACGUCUAAUCUCUUGAAAGCACAUUCUAGAAUAAACAUUUUUUGUGUACGCAGAUUA